CUUUUUUCUUUUCUUUCCCGCCUGGCAUGGUUUAUUCCCAUAUUUGGUUUCUGUACCUUAAUCUGAUGAAACUGCAGCUCUAUCUAUCAUGAGUGAAUAGUAGCUGGGACCAGCUCCCAGUGCCUGGCCUAAUUCUCAUGGUUUGUUUUUUUCCUUCUACCUUAAACCAGAAGACCAUGGCCCUCCAACCCCGAAGAGUUCGACUGAAGCCCUGGCUUGUGGCCCAAGUGGACAGUGGUAUGUACCCUGGGCUUGUCUGGCUACACAGAGAAUCUAAACGCUUCCAGAUUCCUUGGAAACAUGCAACCCGACAUAGCCCCCAACAUGAGGAGGAGAAUACUAUCUUUAAGGCCUGGGCCGUGGAAACCGGGAAAUACCAGGAAGGGGUCGAUGACCCCGACCCGGCCAAAUGGAAAGCCCAACUCCGAUGUGCGCUCAACAAGAGCCGAGAGUUCAACCUGAUGUAUGAUGGCACCAAGGAGGUGCCCAUGAACCCGGUGAAGAUAUAUGAAGUCUGUGAUAUCCCCCAGCCCCAGGGCUCAAUCAUUAACCCAGGGUCUACAGGGUCUGCUCCAUGGGAUGAGAAGGAUAAUGAACUAGAUGAGGAAGAGGAAGAUGAACUAGAUCAAUCUCAGCCCCAUAUCCCCAUCCAGGAAGCCUUCCCUUUCCUGAACAUCAAUGGCUCUCCUAUGGCGCCAGCCAGUGUGGGCAAUUGCAGCGUGGGAAAUUGCAGCCCUGAAGCAGUGUGGCCCAAAACAGAACCUCUGGAAAUGGAAGUGCCCCCAGCUCCCAUGCAGCAUGACUUCUUUAGUUCUCCAGAACUUUGGAUCAGCUCUCUCCCAAUGACUGAUUUAGACAUUAAAUUCCAGUACCGUGGGAAGGAGCUGGGCCAGACAACGGUGAGCAACCCUCAGGGCUGCCGACUCUAUUACGGCGAUCUGGGGCCCAUGCCAGACCAGGAGGAGCUUUUUGGUCCUGUUAGCCUGGAGCAGGUGAAGUUCCCUGGGCCAGAUCAGAUCACUAAUGAAAAGCAGAAGCUGUUUACCAGCAGGUUGCUGGAUGUCAUGGACCGGGGACUGAUCUUGGAAGUCAGUGGCCAUGCCAUUUAUGCCAUCAGAUUAUGCCAGUGCAAGGUAUACUGGUCUGGGCCCUGCGCCCCUUCGCUUGUAGCCCCCAACUUGAUUGAACGGCAAAAGAAGGUCAAGCUCUUCUGCCUGGAAACCUUCCUCAGUGAACUCAUUGCCCGCCAGAAAGGACAACUAGAGAAACAACCACCUUUUGAGAUCUAUUUGUGCUUUGGGGAAGAAUGGCCUGAUGGGAAACCCCGAGAGAGGAAGCUCAUUGUGGUUCAGGUUAUUCCAGUGGUUGCUAGGAUGAUCUACGAGAUGUUUUCUGGAGAUUUUACCAGGUCCUUUGACAGUGGCAGUGUCCGCCUGCAGAUCUCAACUCCGGAUAUCAAAGAUAAUAUUGUUGCCCAUUUGAAGCAGCUGUAUCGCCUUCUCCAGACCCAGGAAAGCUGGCCUCCCAUGAACCCUCCCCCCAACAUGCAUAUGACGCCUGCCCUGCCAGCCCAGUGAUCUUGAUUGCUGCUGCUCUCUUCCCUUUUUCUAAAUAUUGUACAUACGGAUAUUUUUUAUUAUUCAGAUUUGUUAACUGGCUUUUAAUUCUAUCCUUCUCUCUGUAACAAUGUUAAUAGUUUCUGUACUGCUCCUCCUCUGCCUAGCUUUUUUAAAAACUUGAUUUUAAUUUAUAUUAAAGAUCAGAUUCUAUAAA